AUGGCGACAACAAUGAUAACAAUAACGACAACAACAGCGACAACAAUAACAACACCAAUAAUAACAGCAAUAGAUGGCAAAAAGAACAAGACAGUAACAACGACAAUAAUAAUAAUAAUGUUAACAACAGCAACAACAACAACAACAACAACAACAACAACAACAACAACAACAACAACAACAACAACAACAACAACAACAACAACAACAACAACAACAAUAAUAAUAACAACAAUAAUAACAACAACAACUUUCGAACUAUAUAACUUUAAACUAAAUUGA